AUGCACAAACUGCUCGAGGUGCUAACAAGGCUAUUAGGAGCCCCGGCUGGCCACUCCAUGCCUCUGGACCAGGAACAUCCUCGGAUCCUGAUCCCGGAGCUUUGCCGGCAGUUCUACCAUCUGGGCUGGGUGACGGGCACCGGGGGAGGCAUCAGCCUGAGACACGGGGAUGAAAUCUACAUUUGUCCCUCGGGGGUGCAGAAGGAGAGAAUUCAGCCAAACGACAUGUUUGUUUGUGACAUUGAGGAGCGAGAUAUCUGCCUUCCUGCAGCCUGCAAGAAGCUGAAGAAGAGUCAGUGCACACCUCUGUUUAUGAAUGCAUACAUCAAGCGAGGGUCUGGAGCUGUUAUACACACUCACUCCAAGGCUGCCGUCAUGGCUACUCUCCUCUUCCCGGGAAAGGAGUUUCGGAUCACACACCAGGAGAUGAUCAAAGGGAUCAAGAAGGAUCAAUCUGCCGAUUAUUACAGGUUUGACGAUACUCUGGUCGUCCCCAUCAUUGAGAACCUGCCGGAGGAGAGAGACCUGAAGGAGAGGAUGGCUCGGGCCAUGGACCAGUACCCAGAAUCAUGUGCAGUGCUGGUGCGUCGUCACGGUGUCUAUGUCUGGGGGGAGACUUGGCAGAAAGCCAAAUCCAUGUGUGAGUGUUAUGACUACCUGUUUGAUAUCGCAGUGCAAAUGAAGCAAUGUGGCCUCGACCCAUCUCAGCUCCCAACAGAGGAAAAAGAAAGUUAA